GCUGGUUUGCCAACCGGCGUAAAACAAGAAGAAGAAGAGGAAUAGGAAGGGGGGAAAAUGUUUAAUUCUUGUUAUUCAUACUCCCAUGCCUACGUAUAAAGAAUAGCUGAACAGGUUUUAAGAUUACAACCAAAUUAAAGCUAGAAGACGACCGUCUGUUGAAGAGUGUUUUAAUCGAAUAAGACGAACUGCGUAAAUCCGUAGCUAACUUGCGCCGAUGGAAAGUGAGAUUUCUGAUAUGGACCAAGUGCCAGCAGUGGACAACAGCAGUGUGGAAGAUGAGAAACCACCUCUGUACUGCAUCUGCCGGAAACCAGACAUCAACUGUUUCAUGAUUGGCUGUGAUAACUGUAACGAGUGGUUCCAUGGACAUUGCAUAAACAUGACUGAGAAAAUGGCAAAGGGUAUCAGAGAGUGGUAUUGCCAGCAGUGUCAGGAAAUGGAUCCCUCUCUUGAAUUAAAAUACCGGUCAAAAAAAUCAUGUGAGAGAGAGAUGGAACCAGAGAGAGUUCAGAAACGAUCCAGUGUGCCAGACUUCAAACUGGAUAAGCGCCGUGGAUCUAAAGUGAAACGUUCUGCACGCAUGUGUGGUGAGUGUGAACCCUGCAGACGUACUGAAGACUGUGCACAGUGUGACUUCUGCAAGGACAUGAAAAAAUUUGGGGGCCCAAAUAAAAUCCGGCAAAAAUGUCGACUGCGGCAGUGUGUAGUUCGUGCAAGGAAAAUGCUGCGUGUUCGAGAUGAGGAGUUUUUCUUGCAUGAGAGGACAGAAAAUAGGAUGCACAGAGACGGACAAUAUUCAGAUGAUUAUAAUGAAGAUGAGAUGGAGCUGUACUCACGAUACAAGGACCAGAAUAUGCCUUGGGGCAGUGAUGAAGAAGGUCCAGUUUACAGCCCUGCCCAGUGCAAGAAAGCUAUAAAAGUCAAGCAUGUUAAGCGUCGAGAGAAGAAACUUGACAAAAAGAAGGAGUCACGCAGGCAUAAGCAAAAACAGAAGCAUAAAGACCGUAUCAGGCACAGUGACAGAAGUGAUGGUCGUUACACCGGAGACUUGCACCAGUGCUUGGGCCCUAGCUGUGUUGAAGUGGCACGUCCUAACUCAAAAUAUUGCUCGGAAGACUGUGGCAUGAAGCUAGCAACCAACCGGAUCUACGAGAUUCUUCCACAGCGUAUCCAGCAAUGGCAGCAGAGUCCGUGCAUCGCUGAGGAGCAGGGCAGGAAGCAACUGGAACGAAUUCGUAGGGAACAGCAGGCAGCUCGCAUGCGCCUUGCUGAAAUGGAGUGCCGUUUUCAUGAGCUGGAGGGGAUCAUUGCUAAAGCCAAGCAGCAAGUGGUUCAGCAGGAUGAGGAGGUGAAUGAAACAGAAAGCGAGGACACGGAUCUCCAGAUCUUUUGUGUAUCUUGCAGUCACCCCAUUAACCCUAAGGUGGCAAUGAGACACAUGGAGAGGUGUUAUGCUAAGUACGAAAGCCAGACAUCCUUUGGUUCUAUAUUCCCAACACGAAUAGAAGGGGCAACAAGACUCUUCUGUGAUGUGUAUAAUCCUCAGAGUAAAACCUACUGCAAGAGGCUUCAGGUUUUGUGUCCAGAACAUUCCAGAGACCCCAAGGUGCCAGUGGAUGAAGUGUGUGGAUGUCCUCUAGUGCGUAAUGUAUUUGAGCCAACAGGAGAGUACUGCAGAAUGUCUAAGCGCAAAUGCAACAGACACUACUGCUGGGAGAAACUCAGACGAGCAGAAGUAGACCUAGAGCGUGUUCGAGUGUGGUACAAGUUGGAUGAGCUAUUUGAACAGGAGCGUAACGUAAGAACAGCGAUGACUAACAGGGCAGGGCUGCUGGCCCUCAUGUUGCACCAAACCAUUCAGCAUGAUCCUCUGACCACUGAUUUACGCAGCAGCAAAGACAGAUAGUGAUGCACCCUGUUAUAUUUCCUCUCUAUCCACUGUCUUGUAAUUAAUGGAGUUUAUUUUGUGGUGUUUAUUAAUAUCAUGUGGAUGGAACUGACCAUACUAAAAGCAUUUUCUACAAGUUGUAGAUCUCAUUUAUCCUUUGUGUCUGGUGCUCCAUUUAUAUUUAUUAUGCAAAGUGUAACUAUACUAUGGCAAACUCAGACCAAAAAUAAAUUGGCGCUUUGAGAAA